AUGGGUCGAAAAAUUCCUGGCAAAAAACAUCGAGGCGUUAAAGAUCCUAAGAAGCAACUCUGGGAAAAAAAGGAAAAACUUAAACAGGUCAUUAAUUGCCCUCCUAAAGAUCCAAGUGUUCAAGAAAUACCCAAAACUGUUUUGGAAUUGAAUAGAUUAAGGGAGCUUGUAAGGAAUGGAAACUUUAAAAAGAAAAAGAAAACCAAAUCUAAGACUAAUCUUAGCAAUAAUAUUAAUAAAAUUACAAAUGGCUCUUCUCAGUUACCAGAAUCAAAUAAAGAUGGAAAAGUUUGGCCUAACCUUAAACAAAAACCUGGUGAAACUGAUGGAAGUUACUUUAGGAGGAUAAAUAAGGCUACAAAUGAUAUAAUUUAUGAAGCGAGUAUAGAAGCUAAACAUGACAUUGAAGUGAAUCAUAACAAUACUGGGAAUAUUAAAAAUGAUCAUUUAAAGGAAUCAGAAGAUGGCUUGUCUAAUAAUAAAAAGAAAUCAAAUAAAAAUAGUGAAACAGAUUAUAUCUUGGACAGGAAAGAUAGAAUGAAAUUGAGAAGGAAAUUAAAAGUGAAAAUGAAAAAGGUAAAUAAAAUUAAAGUAAAAGAAGAUGCCAUUGAAAAAAAAAAAGAUAUUGUUCAGUUCGGAGAAGUUGUUCACCAGCCCCCACAGCUAAAGCGAAGGCCUAAAGGAUGCCUACCAGAAAAGCCUGGUAAUAAGCAGCUCUUACUGAACAGCUUUUUCUCUCAUAAAGACAAGUCAAUAUCAGAUAUCAAACAGCUGACUGAAGAAAGGGAGAAAGUUAUGAAAGCAUAUGGAGCUAUGAAGUUGAAGAUCAGAUCCAUGUCCUCUCACAAGUGGCAUUAA